AUGGGAAGGAAUAGUUUGGAUGAUAACGAUGAUGAGAAGUCAUCCAUGUCAUCGAUUAAUAAACAUUCCGAUCAUCAUCAUCGUCAUUAUCAUCAUCAUGAUCAGGCACCAACUACAUCACGAAUGCAUCAUCUGGUGCAGUCAUUAAUGCGAAAGAAAUCGGUAACUUCAUCACUGCCUAAAAUUAUUCGCUGUCGUCAGUUGCAUGGAGAAGCACGACAGCUGAAUCGGAUGAUUUGUCGAGUACGCUUGGAUCAGUUAGAAUGUCCUUAUCUAAUUGAAAUUUCGGGUGUUAAACGUUUUCUGGAUAUUACUCGAGAAUGUAUUUUCAUAGGUCUUUCGAAUGAUUCUCGCUAUGCAGUUGGCUUACUAUAUUCAUUGCUUGAUUCAUAUCGUUCAGUGGGACAAGACGAAGACGAAACAGAGCUCAACAUUAUUGUAUUUGAAUUAUCAGCAACAUUGCUUAGACCCGCUUUCAUCACAAAUUUUACUUCCUGGCCAAGUAGCGCGAAAGUUUAUGCGACAUUCCCAUAUAGCUCUUCGCAUAUCUCAAUCGUUGGUUUUGCAAAGCAAAAUACUGAACCAAGAAAUGCAACUAUAUCAAGACGAGAUUUGGAACCCUUUUCUGUUAUUGCUAAAGUUAAAUUUAUACUAUUUCGCUUCCGUAUCACUGUUUCUUUGACCACAUGUCUUGUAAUGUCGUAUCGUUGGAAUGGCUUAAAGUUGUCCAGAACAGUUUUGCGUUCAACGGAUUACGGUGGUAUAAUAAAUGGAGGAACUGCACUAAUCUCUUAUCUGUUUACGAAAAAUUGUCCUCCUUUGAAAGCGGUUCGUAUGUCACGUGUGGUAAUGCAAGUGGUUGAUCCAGGAAUAGUGGAUGGUGGUGAAACACAAAUAUUUGAGGGAUGUAAUUCGCAAGAUAUCAGAGUAGAGGAUGCAACCUCACAUUAUGGAAACACGCCUCGAGAAUAUCAUUUAAAACGAGUGACUGCUGAAGACAAAGAUCCCUCACCAGCAGGACUAUGUGAGCCGCUUUUCAUCACUGAGACUCUGAUGGAUAUUGAACGUUUGUUGUAUGAAAUUAUGCCUGUAGUUCUUUCCCGUAUGUAUGGGAACUAUAAAUAUGAAGGUUUAAUUGAUUAUGAGGUAGAUCUUCUCGAUUGUGAACAAUAUAUAGCUAAUAUCGUGGUGACCGCAGUUAUCGAAGCUAAAGGACCUGGUGAAGCAGGCAGAAAUUCUGCUUACAUUGUUGUACUUUAUAUCGUAUGGAAUACUUUCGAAGGUACACGUCAGAUAUCUUCUUUUAGAGGUAUGCGUUUGGUUCCCUGGGCAAUUGCUCAUCGUCCUGAUCAGUGGUAUCCAUUUAAAACUGUUGCAAAGAAGGAGUUUACGCCGGACGAACGAGUCAUAUCCAAUAUGCCAUUUCUGAAUGGUGAAAGCUUAGAAUUUUUGGCAUCAGCUUCAGCAGGAAUCACGAUUUGGAAAGAAUUUACUUCCCGCUCCAAAAUUGCUUAA